AUGCUGCGAUCGCCCUCUAGAGCCGACCAGCUCGGUCCAAUCCUUCUUGGCCUGGCGGGGGCUACUGCAGUCGUCACGCUCUUCUCGAUCUACAAGAAGAGCUCCCCGCCCGAUGGUAUCACUCCCGUACCGUUUCUCGCAGGAAUUCCAUUGCUAGGCAAUACACUCGAUAUGGUCGCCAACAUUCCACGCAUCCAGGACUGGAUCUCGGAUCACUUCCAAGAACGGAGCGGAAAACCAUUCGGCGUUCGAUUAGUCGGGAAGAACAAGGUCAUCUACUUGGCCAAACCAGAACAUUUCGAACAGGUGUUAACAAAACAAGCCAGCAAUUUCAACAAAGGAAUCGACGUGCACGUGGUCUUCUCAGACUUUAUGGGGAACGGCAUCUUGCUCGUUAAUGGAGACCGCUGGAAAUACCACAGAAAAGUUCUUGUGAAUCUCUUCAGUGCUCGAGCAUUGCGCGACUUCAUGACGCCUGUGGUUCAGAAAAAUGUGCAAGCUUUAAUGCAAAUACUGUCACAGGCUAGUGCAAGCGGAGACGAACUUGACAUUUACAAACUGAUGAACAAGUUCACGUUCGAGACUUUCACUGAAAUCGGCUUUGGACGGAAACUUGGUAACUUGAAAUCCCUCGAUGAUCAUCCGUUUGAAGUCGCAUUCGACCAAGCGCACCAAAUCUGUUCAGAGAGAUUUUCAUAUCCAGUGUGGCUAUGGAAGCUCAAACGCUGGUUAAAUGUGGGAAGCGAACGUCUACUUCGGGAUUACAUGGUGGUAAUCAAUCAGUAUCUGAUGGAAACGAUAUCGAGUGCGAUGAACCGACGUAGUACUCACGAAGGCGACAACCAACCGGUGAAUAAAGACAUCGUGUCGAUAAUACUCGACUCCAUGGAGAAGAGUGGACAGACAAUCACUCCUUCUGACAUUCGUGACAUUGCCUUCGCUGGAAUGAUUGCCGCUUGUAAAGCGCUCACGUCGAAACGAAAGGCUUUUGGCCAACUUGCUGUAAAACUCGACCGUAUCCGCCCUCUUAGUCGCCUCUGCUAUUUGCUCCGCGGUUCGCGGCUUAAAGAUAUUCAACAAAUCGCCGGUGUUAAAUACUCGUUCCUCGUCUUGCGCGUCUGCAUCUUCGUCUUCACGAGCCGGGUUAGACCGCAGGCUGCGGCUGUCAGUAUAAGCGCUUUCCUCGACCACGUUCUUUUGCGUAACUGGGAUCGGCUUCGCCACGGAAGGUUCAGCAGCGGUGAAUGCAUUUUCAGCGCUUAG